AUGAAGAGAAGGACAGAACCUGAAUUUAGCAGCCCCCAAAAGAAGCAGAAGAAGAGGAUAGAAGACUUGGGAUUAACGCUCAGUUCUACUUCAGAUGAUGAAACUCAAUUUAGUAAUCAUACUACUCAAGAGUCUUCCAGUAGUAGCAGUGGGUCUGACAGUGAGAGCGAUGAAAAAAGACCAGUCUUCAGCAAUGAGUUCAAACAAGACUCUCUUGUGGAGGGUACUUCAUCUCGCUACUCAAUGUACAACAGUGUCUCCCAAAAGCUCAUGGCCAAGAUGGGCUUCCGGGAAGGAGAAGGUCUGGGAAAAUAUGGCCAAGGCAGGAAGGAUAUUGUUGAGGCCUCCAAUCAGAAGGGAAGGAGAGGCUUUGGGCUGACCCUCAAAGGAUUUGAUGGGGAGCUCAAUAUUGAUUGGCAGGGUGAGCCAGAGCCCAGUGCCUACGAGGAGGUGGACUGGUGCCUCGAGUGUACCACGGAAAUCCCUGAUGCCCAGGAGCUGAAGGAGUGGAUGACUGUGGGGAAGAGGAAGAUGGUGAUUGAAGAUGAAACAGAGUUCUGUAGUGAAGAGCUUUUACGUAAUGUCCUGCAGUGCAAGAGUGUAUUUGAUGAGCUGGAUGGAGAAGAAAUGCGUCGAGCCCGAACAAGAUCUAACCCCUAUGAGAUGAUCCGUGGAGUUUUCUUCCUGAACAGGGCUGCGAUGAAGAUGGCAAAUAUGGACCAUGUCUUUGACUACAUGUUUACAAACCCUAAGGACUUCCAUGGGAGGCCCUUGAUAAAGGAGCGAGAUGCAGAGCUGCUCUACUUUGCUGAUGUGUGUGCUGGUCCCGGAGGCUUCUCUGAGUAUGUUUUGUGGAGGCGGAAGUGGCAUGCGAAAGGAUUUGGCAUGACCUUGAAAGGACCAAAUGAUUUUAAACUAGAGGACUUCUAUUCUGCUUCCAGUGAGCUCUUUGAACCUUAUUAUGGAGAGGGAGGGAUUGAUGGAGAUGGAGACAUCACUCGCCCAGAGAACAUUACUGCUUUCCGGAAUUUUGUUUUGGACAAUACUGAUCACAAGGGAGUGCAUUUCUUAAUGGCUGAUGGGGGUUUCUCAGUGGAGGGUCAGGAGAAUCUGCAAGAAAUCCUAAGCAAACAGCUCAUGCUUUGCCAGUUCCUUACAGCACUGUCCGUUGUCCGGACAGGAGGACAUUUUGUAUGCAAAACCUUUGACCUGUUUACUCCAUUCAGUGUGGGACUUGUUUAUCUGCUGUAUUGCUGCUUUGAGCGAGUGUGCAUCUUUAAACCUGUGACAAGCCGCCCUGCGAACUCGGAGAGGUAUGUGAUAUGCAAAGGAUUAAAGCUAGGGAUUGAUGACGUGCGGGACUAUCUCUUCAUGGUGAACAUCAGACUCAACCAGCUGCGCAACUCUGAUGUGGAUGUGAAUCUUGUUGUCCCAUUGAAUGUGAUCAAAGGCGACCAGGAUUUCUGCGAUUACAUUGUCCAGUCCAAUGAAAACCACUGCAAAGUUCAGAUAAAGGCACUAGCCAAAAUUCGUGCUUUUGUUCAAGACACGACGCUGAUUGAGCCACGGCAGGCUGAAAUCCGAAAGGAGUGUCUCCAGCUAUGGGGGAUUCCUGAUCAGGCUCGUGUUGCUCCUUCAUCUUCAGAUCCCAAGUCCAAGUUCUUUGAGCUGAUCCAGGGCACAGACAUUGAUACCUUCAGUUACAAACCCACUCCUCUGAAUUCUAGUACGCUAGAGAAAAUCCGCCAAGUGUUAGAUUACCGCUGUAUGGUGUCUGGAAGUGAGCAGAAGUUCCUCCUGGGGCUAGGGAAAUCACAGAUCUACACCUGGGAUGGUCGCCAGUCAGAUCGCUGGACAAAGCUGGAUUUGAAAACUGAGCUGCCACGAGAUACCCUUCUCUCUGUGGAGAUUGUUCAUGAGCUGAAAGGAGAGGGGAAAGCCCAGCGAAAAAUCAGUGCCAUCCACAUCCUUGAUGUCUUGGUGCUGAAUGGCAAUGACGUUCGAAAGCAGCAUUUCAACCAGAGGAUUCAGCUGGCGGAGAAGUUUGUCAAAGCUGUUUCUAAACCUAGCCGGCCAGAUAUGAACCCCAUCCGUGUGAAGGAAGUGUACAGAUUGGAGGAAAUGGAGAAGAUUUUUGUGAGGUUAGAGAUGAAAAUCAUCAAGAGUUCAGGGGGAAUACCCCGGCUAUCCUACACUGGCCGCGAUGACCGGCACUUUGUGCCCACAGGACUCUACAUCGUACGGACUGUGAAUGAUCCCUGGACAAUGGCAUACAGCAAAAACUCCAAGAGAAAAUUCUUCUUCAACAAAAUGACGAAGAAAGCGACAUACGACCUCCCUUCUGAAUCCAUCGCACCCUUUCACAUCUGCCAUUACAGCCGCCUCUUCUGGGAGUGGGGGGAAGGUGUCAAAGUGCACGACUCUCAGAAAAGGCAAGAUCCAGAGAAGCUAUCAAAGGAGGAUGUCCUGUCUUUCAUCCAAGCGCACUACCCCUAACCCUGCUCUCUUGAGGGGUGCAGGGGGGGCUGAGCCCAGCUUGGAUUCUUCAGGGACUGAUGAGACUGGGGAGGCUCCACAACUUCUAUCCUGGUCUUCUCCAGAGCUGAUUUCCUGGAGGCGAUUGAACCAGGGAGUAGUAUGCAGAAGGCACAGGACGAGGCUCUACCCUGGCAGUGUAUAUAAGAGUAUGGCCCAGGUAGCGCCUGCUGCUGGAGCACCCAUGGUGACUCCUGGAGCCAAGGCCUAACACCCUUUUGUCCUGACCUACUGCAUGCAUGAGGCCAAGGGGCUGGCAGCUUUCUUUGCUCCUGUUCAAACAUUCAUGGAGGUUUGCGGAGCUCUGUGUGUGCCAGAACUCUCCAGGCUUGUGCUUCCCUGGCAGUGUGGGAAGGAGCAGGGAUGUCUUGGUGGCAGAGCUGGGCAACAGCACAUUGAAGCGGCCCUGCAUCGUUCCUGGCAGCUAUCUGUCUCCUCGGCCUUGUCAAAGGCCUACACUACCCAGUGGAGGGUGUUAACUCAUUGGGGAAUGCUAGCUUUGGGAUGCAAGUAUGUAUUCUUGUUGGUGUCUCCAACACUUCUGCUUAUCAAGGCACUUGGCUGGCCACUGGCAAUUCCUAUGUGAUGGUCCUGUUGGACAAAGGCCAACGCAGGUGAUGAGUAGAGUUCCUGGCACAGAUUUUAUGUGCUCAGUGCCAGGGAUUUCUCAGACCUCUAGAAGCUGCUGUGACAAGGAUUUCCCCUCUCCAGGUCAGUGACUGAUCCUGUGCCAGCAGCCUGAGGUUAAUUUGUGAACGUGUCUAUGCCUCAUGGUACUUCUGAGACCAAGGUGCUUUGAUUCUUGGUACUCGACACUAUUACCCAAAUCUUCAGGAAGGAAAGUGGAUGUGGGAGGGAAGACACAGGAAGGUUGCGAUGCUGGAGGUCUUUGGAGGAAAUGAUGGGAACGUCUGACUUAGUUAAAAAAACCCAGGGCUUCAGUGAAAAGAGAUCUUGACUUUGACCAUGUUGGUUAAUCAGAAGAAAUCCUGUCCCCUGACUGCCCACUGGAAAGGUUACCAGACUUUCCUUUUUAAAUGUCAGAGUGGGCUUUAAAACGUUCCACGUCUCAUUUGGCCCUGGAACUGCAAUCUGGGGUGAAGGCCCAGAGCUGUGAAACUCCCAGCAUGGCAUUUGUGUGUCAACAGACUUCUCCAUGCACUUCUGUGCUGGGCUCAGAAGUUGUCUUCUGUUGCACGUUUUACCUUCACUUCUGGCUUCCAUGGCACUUUUGCCAGGUCUUCCACAUAAAUCAGAAGAUAACACACAGUUGACUGCUUUUGGCCAAGCAGCAAAAUUGCCCUUUUUUUUUUUUUGUUGUUGUUGUUGGCUUGUUUUUAAACACAGAUUGGCAGUAGGGAGGAAACUGAUUUAGGGGUUGUCUGAACUGUGCCUUAAAGAAAGCUAUAGUUCUAGAAUCUAUAGCAGUUGUUUAGAUUCUGGUUUCUUUCUCUCCAUGCCCAUAUGUACGAUUUGAACAAGCUUUAUGUAGCAAGACAUGGAAAUUUUCACUUGUAGGUGUACAGAUGCAUGGGUGCCCUGCACCCCACCCAAAGAAGCCAAAACAAGGAUGGCAUGUUGUAGGAGUCCCACCUCCACCCUCUAAGGCCCAGCAUAAUGCGUAGGUUUUGUACUCGCUCUCAGCACGCAGUUGAACGUCAUCCUACAAGUAGGCUGUGCUCUCUGAGCUUGGAGCAAUUCCAUGUCUUCACAAGCAAAUUGUCUCUAUAUAACCAUGUAUUAAUUCUCUACAGUUUGGUAUAAAUGAACUUAACAGCUGCAAAUCCUUGCACCAGAGAAAAUUACAUGCAGGCUUGAUCACUGCAGAACCGCACCCCUGGCUAAAGGAGCAGCGCAGAAGUUGGCAUGCUCUGUUGGUCAAUGGAAACUGGAGGAGGCAAAGCCUGGGAGUGGAUGGGAGGUUAGCUUACAAAUAGGUAGCCCUGAAUAUUGUGCAGGGCAGCUAUUCUGUUUCUUCUCAAGUUCUGGCCAAAAGUGAAGUGGGUCAAAGCUGCUUUUUCCACAUUGGUGACUUAGUCCCCAGACACAGUUAUGUCUACCAAAGCAGUUGAGGGACCGCAUGCUGUUAAUGCAUCCUCUUGCUGACCUGUAGAGACCCCCUCUGCUCUCAAGCAUCAGUAAAACAUGUAUGAAAGAAAUGGUGGCCCUUCCGCCCCCCCAAAGAAUAAGAGGCCUGUCACUGGCAACUUUGUUUUGGCAAAGGCACGUCCAUGAGGGAUGAGGAAGAAUCUCUCCCAGUGGGCAAUAAAGAACCUCCCAACUGUGUGGUUUCCAGGCCUGUGUGCAGUUGGCUUUUUAAACCAACCAGUAAUUUGAGUUCUGGUGCUUCUUUGGACUGCCUUGAGGCUGUUCCAAUGCCAGCAAAGCAUGCUGCUCCCUUUGCCAGGCUCCUUUGCUAAGUGUUGUGUCCUCCACUCAGGGCUUUGGUCUCCUGUGGGCUGGCAGACAGAAGGGUGACUAGGAAGUACACUAGGGUGAGUGUAGGCCUCUGAGGGUGAAAAAAAACCUGGUUUGCCUGCAGGCUAGCUUUUAUGAACAGAUACCUUCCAUUUACCCAGUUGCCUCCAGCUCUUCCUGAUUUUAAUUUGCUUUUAUUUUUAAUUUUAUUUUUGAUGCACUGAACCUUGAUUCUGAAUCCCCCUUCAAGAAGGCAAGCAUGAGCCACCAUGCUACUUGCUUCCCUGCUGCAGGGUAAAUACAGAGGGAUUAUGUUGGGAAGGGGGGUGAGGAAGGUCUUGCUGAAGGGAAUGUUUAUGUACAUUAAUUGCACAAUGUAUUGUUAUUAGGCUGCGUAUCAUUUUGUGUUGACUUCUCUACUUUCAUUGUCUCUAUUACCAAUACAGCCCCUUUAGUUUACAACAGUGCUUGUUUACU